AUGUCGAAGUUCAAAAGAGCUGCGCCUGCGGGCGGCAGCAUACUCGGGGUGCUUCAGGCGACGGAGAUUAUAGAUUCGAAACCUGUACUACCUGCCGAAAUCCUCGCGCGCAUAUUGGAUCUCCUCCCGGUCCCAGAUCUCAUCAGCGCUGCUCGAACAUCCCGACGAAUGCGCGAGAUGGUGUACGACGAUACGAGGUGGGUCUCCAGGCUGCAGAGCAUGGACUGCUGGAACGAGACGGAAGCCAGGAAGCGGUUCGAGGACGCGAUGAAAAGGAGGAGAGAGGCAGCGGAACGGACCCAGCCGCCGGGGCCGGCAAUAGGGGGCCCCGUGGCACAACAACCAGGGCAACGGCAACCCAGCACGACUCUUUUCGACGCGGCACUUGAGGAGCAGAGGCAGACGACGAGACGGGUGUCGGACGCCAGGGACGGCUUCGAGACUAUGACUCUUGGGGCCGGGACUCAGAUGCCGUCUAAAGACCCGAUGCAAGAUCCCGAUGCCCUACUAGACGUCUUCAAGAAUGCGAGGAGCGUGCGCGGGCGUGCGAGAGAAGAGUAUGGCAAGAUAUACGGAGCCCUGGCCCCCUUUUAUCUGGACCUGGUUCGAGCCAAGAGCCACGCAGACCCGAUCGUGUUCAAGGCUUUCCGAGACCCCGAAAGACAAGCACAGAUGCUGUCCCACCUCAAGCGGUUUUCCAGGAGCGACUGGUCGCAGGGCUGGGGCGAUAGGGAGCACAAGCUCAUAACGAUGACGAGCAUCUUCGAAAGCGCAGUGCUCCGGGAAUUCGAACAGGGCUAUGAAUUCUGGGAUGUGGAUGGCAGGAUGAAGAGAUACGCGCAUGUUCUGGACCUGCUUAGCGAUGUUAACGCCGGUGCUGAGCUCUUCAUACACAAGCACCCAAUCUUCUCCGACAAAGAGGUCGUCGGGAACUCCAUGGACUGCAUCAACCACGCCUCAGCUGACAACAUCACCCUCGAGCCGUCCAGGCAGUUUUUCGAAGUUCUCUUGAAGAAAGUCAACGAGCAGAGCGACAUCAUCCAGAGGAUAUUUCCGAGACCCGGCCAAGUAUUUUGGAACUUUGUCGACAAAGUUCGAGAGGAUCUGAUCAUGGACUACGUCACGCCACUGCUAGACGAGUGCCAUGAGAGAAGCCUUGCUUCCUACCUAAAAGCUGUCUCGGGCAUAUUCGAGCAGUGUAUGCUCUUUCUCAGGUCGCUGCAGCCACCCAAAGCACAGGGCGAGGUUAUAAGCCCACAGUUCAGGGAAGAAAAGGCCAGGCAGAUCGGGUUGAAACUUUUCGAGCCUCAUCUUGACCUAUACCUGCAAGAGGAGCUCGACUUCUUCACCAAGCAUGCAGAAGUGGAGGUGGGCAAUUGGGAGAAAAAGCUGUCGGAACAAGACGCCAGUGUCGAGUCAUUCUACAUGGCCAAUUUCAACAGGCAAGCGGACAAGUCAGACUUUUUGAGCUCGUUCAAAAAGGUUGUCAUGAUGCCUGUGACCGUUCUGCCCAGUCUACCCGGUCAGUUUCUCACAUCACCCUUCGGUUCGAGCAAGCCUGCGUCGACUGCGACAUCAAACGGCGGGAAUACGUUGCAGCCAUCCAGGCCGGAAACGCCCAGUGCCGGCGCAAGUAUCGAUAGAAAGGGCAGCCCGCUCCCAGACGAAGCCCCUACCGACGAACUGGCUGCCAAGGCAGCACUGAUGGCGUCGCGGCUGGAAGGGAUCAAAUCGCUCUUCAGUAUAGAGGUUGCGCUGAAUCUUGUGCACGCUGCCAAGUCAAGUCUAGGCCGCGCUGCCGUAUUUAUAUGCCUCGGUGGCCAGGCUGGCGAAGAGGCGCGUGAGCAGUGUGCGACCAUUUUCGUUGUGCUUCUUCGCAUUCUUGGUAUGCGACACAUGAAGAACGGCUUUGACAAGGCAGUCGAUCACCUCUCACACUACAACCCCCGCGAUGUGAGCGACCAUAACCAGGCCAGCGGCGUUGUGCCUCUCGUCAUGUUCAUCGAGCUCGUCAACGUCGGUGACCUGAUCAGCCAAAUGAUCGACGUCUUUUACGAGCAGCAGCUCGCGGGCCCCAAGAUCGCAGACCGGAACGACUUUCUUGACCCAGCCGGCCUGGCCAAGAAGAAGUUUGAGCAGAUGCUCGACGAGAGCGUGGCGGCCGGGCUCAACAAGGGCAUCGACGUGCUCAUGGACGAGGUGGAAUACAUCUGCGCGACCACGCAGCUGCCGACCGACUACAACCCGGCGCCGGCGAGCAGCGGCGCGGGGGCGGACGGCAAGGCCCACCAGCAGAUGCCGCCUGCGGACGCGGACAUCGGGCCGACCGAGACGGCCAGGCGCGUCGUGGAGCUGGUGCGCGGGCACACGAGCAUGCUGGUGGGCAGCACCGAGAAAUCGAUGCUCGACGUCUUCAACGGCGAGGUGGGCCUGCGGCUCUUCACGGCCGUGUGCAAGCACCUGAAGCGGCAGCGCGUCAGCACCGAGGGCGCCAUCAAGGUCAUCGCCGACAUGACGCUCUACUUUGAGUACGUGCGCACGCUGCGCAACCAGGACCUGCUGGCCUACUUCCGGGCGCUGCGCGAGCUGAGCCAGAUCUACCUCAUCGACGGGCGCCACGCCAAGGAGAUGGCCGUCAUCAUCGCCGACGGGGACCGGUUCGGCGGCAUCUUCCGCGCCGAGGAGGUGUACGAGUACGCCGAGAGGCGGGCCGACUGGUACCAGGUCAAGAGGAGCGUCGAGAAGGCCAUGUACGGGCUCGAGUGUGCUGUGAUGUGA